GAGCAACUUAUUAGCGGGACAAACGGUGAUCGGCGGCAUUUCUGCUUCCUUCUAAACGCUGUUAACGUCAGAUUUUAGAGUAGUUCUUCGCCAAACACUAGGCUCUGAAAAAUGGCAAACGUUCCGCCAAACUCGGCUCUUCUUUUGAUUGAUGUUCAACAGGGUUUCGAUCAGAUUAGUCACUGGGGAAUACAGCGCAACAACCCACAUGCUGAAGAGAAUAUGUCACGACUGCUCUCAGCGUGGCGGGCCACGUCCCGUCCAGUACUUCACGUUCAGCAUACCUCCACUUCCCCGACGUCUCCACUUCGCCCGUUUCAAUCCGGGUGUGCUAUCAAACCAGUGGUUGCGCCAUUGCCGGGCGAGUUACUUUUGACCAAGACGGUCAAUUCAGCAUUCAUUGGUACAGAUCUAGAAAAAAAGCUAAGGGAGGAUCUAAGGACAAACCAUGUGGUCAUUGUCGGGCUGACUACCGACCACUGCGUCUCUACGACCACCCGAAUGGCUGGAAAUCUUGGGUUUGAAGUAUUGCUGGUAGAGGAUGCCACUGCUACGUUUGACAGGGUAGGGCCAUCUGGAAAGAGGCACGACGCAGAGCUUGUACACGAAUUAGCGCUCGCAAGUUUAAUCGGCGAGUUUGCCAGCAUCGUUUCCACCGACGCAGUUUUGCGUACCAUCGGUGCAGGCUGAAGUCUGGUAGAGCAUUGAUAUGCUCGGGAAUAGAAGAUAAGGUUUGCCGACCUACCUCCCAAAAUGUGCAACAUGCUAUAGAUCUGCGAAUCAGUCUAUUUUGGAUGGUGAAGCUAUGUCCGCUUGAUAUAGCCUGUAUCAUACCUCCUUUGCAUGGCCACCCGAGCCAUCAGAAACCCCCUGCACCUUACCAAGUAGAACAUCGUAAGUUGCUUUCCUCAGCGAAGAAACCGUACAUCUUAGGACCAAGCAGACUGAUACCGACACGAUUUGCUACGGACGUGCUUCCUGGUACCUCAAAAAUGCUUCUUUAAAGCACGUUAUACACAGCCAACCUUUCAGCACUUUGAAACCAAAGAUGAGGAAUGAAUUUUUCUUGUAAAUUAUCCGACACUACAUUGUAGUCCCUAUUCUCCCAGAUAGAAUUGGAACACGUAAAAGUCCAGUACGAUAGUGCUUCUUUUCUAGAAACCAAC